AUGUACAAACCCUCUACAACACCUGCCUCUUCAUCCUCUUCAACUUUGGAUUCAUCCAUUCAUCAAGCUGAUAUUGAAGACUAUGCUCUGAUUGGUAAUUGCCACACCGCAGCUCUCGUAGGUAUUCACGGCUCGAUUGAUUAUUGUUGUUUUCCUCAAUUCGAUUCUCCUCCUCUCUUCUCCAAACUCAUUUCAGCUUCCACGCCUGAAACGUGUGGUUUCUUUUCGAUUCAUCCUCUUCGAAUUGAAGAUACGACCAACAAGCAACAUUACUUUCCCGACUCGAAUGUAUUGGUCACGAAAUUCUUGUUGAGUGAGGGAGUUGGGCAAGUGGUGGAUUUUAUGCCACUGGCGAGAGCCAAACAUUCUUCUGGAAGUGAAGGUGGCAAGCCAAGGGGCGGCACUCCAACAACAACUUUACACACGACCAAGCCAGUCACAAAUGUUGUGAGUUCGACUGAGGAUUUACCUUGUGCUGAUGAAUGUUGUCCUAUUACCAAGCUCUUCCGAGGAGAACAAGUGAAUUUGAUGCGAGGAAAAGUUUCGUCAUCAGCGACCAUGCGAGAGGAUCUCCACCAUGAUGAUGAUGAUGCAUUAUUCAAUCAAAUGAUUUCAGACUCUAUUAUUCGAAGACUUGAAAUUGUUCAUGGUCAUAUUGAUUUCCGUGUUGAGUGCACUCCAGUGUUCAAUUAUGGAAGAGAAAAGCACACGGUACAGAUCUCUCAAGAUCGGAAAUGUGUCGUGUUCACAGCUGAAGAAAGUGGCCACAAAUUAGUAUUACAAUGUAAUCGUGCUUGUUUUGAAAAGACAACAGAGAAUGGACAUGGAAUUGUUGGUAGUUUGGAAUUGAGUGAAUUGGAUGUUGAGAAGAGUUGUGUCUUUUUAUUGAGCUAUAUAGAAAAGGAUCAACAAGAAGAAAUAUCUACCACUGGUGAAGGGGAUUCGAUGGUUGACACGAAAGGCGACAAGUAUUGUAAAAUCCUUCCAGGACUUGUCAACAAAACCAAUCAACUCGCUGUGGAGACGAUCACUUUUUGGCAAAAUUAUAUCAAGAAGAGUGAAUACCAGGGAAUAUUCAGAGAGCAAGUGAAUCGAUCACUUCUUGCAUUGAAAUUAUUAAUGUAUGAAAAGACAGGUGCCAUUAUAUCUUCACCUUCAACUUCAUUGCCAAAAGUGAUUGGUGGAGAACGAAAUUAUGAUUACAGAUACUUUUGGAUGAGAGAUGCUACCUUUGCCAUUAAUGCCUUUCUACAGACUGCCAUGAUUGAUGAUGCUGCUAAAAUUAUUGGUUUCAUUGAGAGAGUGAUUAAUUGGGAAAAUGAGCAAAAUAUGAAGAGAGACAACACGGAAGAUGUACCUUCCAUCGUUGCUGAAGAAGCUCAAGUUUCUGAUAUUGACAUUGUCACCACAGGAAAUUCUAAAGUUUCUGCAAUGAGAGCACCCAUUCACAAUAUUUACACUAUUGAGGGAAAACCGUUGGAUCAUGUAGAAGAAAUUUCAACCUUUUCAGGUUUUCGUAAUAGUCGUCCCGUUCGAGUUGGAAAUAUGGCUACUCAAAACAUUGAGUUGGAUAUUUAUGGGGAACUAAUGGAUGCCAUACUCUUGUACGAUGCCAAACGCCCCAUCUCGUAUGAUUUAUGGCUCAAAUUGAGAAAGAUGGUUGAGUUUGUCAUUGUCAAUUGGAAAAAUCCAGAUCAUUCCAUUUGGGAAAAGACAAGCGCCCAUGCUCACUAUGUCUAUUCCAAAGUCAUGGCUUGGUGUUGUUUGGAUAGAGCCAUCCGACUCGCUGAAAGAAGGAGUUUUCCAGCUCCCAUUCAACAUUGGCUCUUAACUCGAAACGAAAUUUAUGAAGACAUUAUGAAAAAGGGCUACAAUGAGAAAUUGGGAUCGUUUGUUCAGUCGUAUGGAUCGAAUGCUCUUGAUGUCUCUCUCUUAAUUAUGCCUCUUGUGAAUUUCUUAUCCAUUAGCGAUCCACGAAUGAUCAAUACGAUUGCAACCAUUGAUCGUAAACCUAAAGAAGGAGGUCUUGUGAGUUCUUCACUCGUGUAUCGUAACAAAGAUAUUCAUCACCAGGACAAGACGACACGUUUCACUGAAGGAACCUAUAACAUGUUUUCAUUUUGGUUGUUGAGAGUAUUGACACUUAUGGGAGAUCGUGACAAGAAGAAAUUGAGACAAGCUCAACUCAUGUUUGAAAAGAUUUCAACCUUUAGUAAUCAUGUCGAUUUGUUCAGUGAAAUUACCUCCUUUACAGGAAACAUGUUAGGAAAUUUCAUUCAUUGCAAUACUCAUGCCUCGUUGAUUGUAGCUGCUGUGGAAUUAUCCAAGAGAAUUAAAUAA